AUCAAGAGAAUCUCCUUCACCAAACUUUGUGUCCUUACAGAGCAACAAAUCCAUGGAUUACCCUCUUGGUUUUAAACUGGAGGGUAAACAACAUAGAGCUCAUCGAAAGACAAACCUGGGUUCAGUAUUUAAGACCCUUGAUGAGAAAAUAGUUGCUUUUGUGAAGAAUGAGCUGAAGAAGUUCCAUAAGCUUUUGAACAUGGAAAGAUUUUGUAACCAAACCGAAGAACAGGUGGUUAACUGCAAAGAGGAAGAGCAGAAGAUGAUCAGUAAAGAAGCUUUUCUUAAUAUAACGCUGGAGUCUUUGAGGAGAAUGAAGCAGGAAGAGCUGGCCUACUCUCUAAUGAACAGAACUCGUGUUCUCAUGUGUCACUGUAAACUCAAAUCUAACCUGAAGAAAAGUUUGGCGUACGUGUUUGAAGGGAUGGCUAAAGCAGAAAAUCCAACCCUUCUGAAUAAGAUCUACACGGAGCUCUACGUCGUUGAGGGAAAUGCUGCGCAAGUCAACAGGAAGCACGAAGUGAAACUGAUUGAGAGGAUUUUCAUGAAACCAGCUAGACCAGAAACAAUAAUCAGAUGUGAGGACAUCUUUAAACCCUUUGCUGGAAGUGAUAAGCCCAUUAGAACCGUGAUGACAGAAGGGGUUGCUGGCAUCGGGAAAACAGUCUUAACACAGAAGUUUGCACUGGACUGGGCCGAAGGCAAAGCUAACCAGAACUUUCAGUUCAUAUUUCCGUUUUCUUUCAGAGAGCUGAAUAUGAUAAAGCAGAAAAAGUUUAGUUUGCUUGAACUUAUUCACCUCUUUUUUCAUGAAAGCAAAGAAGCGGGGAUCUCAAACUUUGAAGAGUUCCAGGUUUUGUUCAUCUUUGAUGGUCUAGAUGAGUGUCGAUUCCCUCUGAACUUGAACAGUAAAAAGAUCCUCACUGAUGUCACAGAGCCCACCUCGUUAGAUGUGCUACUGACAAACCUGAUCACAGGGAAAUUACUUCCCUCGGCUCGCAUCUGGAUAACAACCCGACCUGCAGCGGCCUGCCAGAUCCCACCUGAACUUGUUGACCUGGUCACAGAUGUGAGAGGGUUCAAUGAUCCACAGAAAGAGGAGUACUUCAGAAAGAGAAUUGCAGACGAAGAGCAAUCUAAAGCAAUCAUCUCCCACAUCAAGACAUCACGAAGCCUCCACAUCAUGUGCCACAUCCCGGUCUUCUGCUGGAUCUCUGCUACCGUUCUUGAGGAUGCAUUUAAAACCAAAGAGAAAAGAGAGCUGCCCACAUCCCUGACUGAGAUGUAUGUCUACUUUCUGGUGGUUCUGUCCAAAGUGAAGACGGUCAAGUACGAUGGUGGAGCUGUGACAGAUUCCCUCUGGAGUCCAGAGACCAGGACAAUGAUCCAGGCUUUGGGAAAACUGGCUUUUGAGCAGUUAAUGAAAGGCAACCUGUUCUUUUAUGAAUCUGACCUGACGGAGUGUGGCAUUGAUGUCAAAGCAGCUUCGGUGUACUCAGGUGUGUUCACGGAGAUCUUUCAGGAGGAGAGAGCGCUGUUCCACGCGAAGAUGUUUUGCUUCGUGCAUCUGAGUGUUCAAGAGUUUCUGGCUGCUCUUCAUGUCCAUCUGACAUUCAUCAACACUGGCGUGAAUCUGCUGUCAGAAGAGGAAUCGACUUCCCGGAAACCCAAAAUGUCUGCAGAGACAUUUGAUCGUUUUUACCAAUGUGCUAUAGAUAAAGCCUUACAGAGCAGGAAUGGACAACUGGACCUGUUUCUUCGCUUCCUUUUGGGUCUUUCACUCAAAAAUAACCAGAGACUCUUACAAGGCCUUGUUGCAGAGGGAGAAAGCUGCUCCAGUCAGAACACAGUUCAGUACAUCAAGAAGAUGAUCAGCCAGAAUGUUUGCAUUUUGAAAAACAACAGCUUGUUUUACUGUCUGAACGAGCUGAAGGACUGCUCUCUGAUAGAGGAGAUCCAGCGGACACUGAGAGCAGGCAGACUGCCAACAGAUAAAUUACUUCCUGCUCAGUGGGCGGCCCUGGUCAAUGUUAUACUUUCAUCAGAAGAAACUCUCAAUGAGUUCAAUCUGAAGAACUACUAUGAAUCAGAUCUGGCUGUAAUGGGUCUGAUAACAGUGGUCAUAAACUGCUCUAAAGCUCUGCUGAGUUGCUGUAACCUGACAGAGAUGUGCUGUAGUCGUCUGGCCCUUGGUCUCCAAUCAAAGUGCUUAAUUCUGAAGAAGUUGGAUCUCAGUAACAACGACCUGAAGGAUUCAGGAGUAAAGUUGAUCUGUGAUGGACUGCAAAGUUCCAACUGCACACUGGAAACACUCAGGCUCUCCGGCUGUUUAAUCACAAAGGAAGGCUGUGCAGCGCUGGCGUCUUCUCUGGGUUUCAACCAUUAUUACCUGAAAGACUUGGAUCUGAGCUACAACCAUCCAGAAGACUCUGGAGUGAAGCUCCUUUCUGCUGGACUGGACGACCCUAACUGGGCAUUGCAGACACUCAGGACUGAGCCAAGAGGAUCAAAGUUCAUAAAACCUGGUCUGGGGAAGUAUGCCUGUGACCUCAUGCUGGACGUCAACACAGCACACAGAGACCUCAUUCUGUCUGACAACUACAGAAAAGUGACCAUGGGAACAGAAAAUCAGCCAUAUCCUGAUCAUCCAGACAGGUUUGAUGUCAUUGAACAGCUGCUGUGUAAAGGUGGUCUUACUGGCCGGUGUUACUGGGAGGUUGAGUGGAGAGGAAGAGUGUCCAUCGCGGUAACUUACAAAGGGAUCAAAAACAGAGGAGGAAGUGACGACAGCAGCCUUGGAAUGAAUGAUCAGUCCUGGUGUUUGCUGUGCUCUGAUGAUGGCCACUACGCCCUGCACGAUAAUGAGCCAACCCCCAUCCAAGGAGCCCCUUCAAACAGAGUGGGGGUCUACCUGGACUGGCCUGAAGGCUCUUUGUCCUUCUUCAGGGUCUCCUGUGACCAAAAGUCCCACCUUCACACCUUCAGUUUCACAUUCACUGAGCCAGUGUACCCUGCGUUCAGAAUUGCAACCGAACCAUUAAAUUCAUUUCUGCUUUUGUGUUAG